AUGAAGGGUCUCGGUAUUUUUUCGCCGUUUUCAGCCACAUCUGGCUGCAUUCUUUCGGCGCCAGGAUAUGAUGAAUUCUGUGGCAAUGGAAGUCCUCGGAUUAAUGUAGAUAACAAGACACUUUUGCUACUAGGUUUCGAGAUAAAGGAACGAACGGAAAGUACGAACAACCCAUUCGAACUACGUUUCGAUGCCAACACCAACUACAACACAUUUGGAAAUGAUAACAUUUUCUCCAAUUUGAAUGAUGAUUUAGGUGGAUACGACAAUCUUAGCAGUGGAGUCGGUAUCGCCGAUUUCACGACUUAUCACUCCGUAGAUCUUCAGGUACCCGAAGGCAAUCUGUCGGCAUUAGUGUGGAUAGAAUGUGGAGGCAGCAACGGUAUAAUUGCUGUUGGUACUACCACAGGUGACCUGUACCUUUUCGACGGCAAGGCAAUCGUCGAGGGUGACGCAGCACAUCUGAUAUCUAAGACUAAAGUCUGCAAUAUACCGAUCAAAUGUCUGAGCUACAAUGCAAAGACGAACGUGUUGGGUGUGGCUGGUUUAGAUGGUCAAAUAUCUGUCUGUGAUCUAGCAAACCCCAAUGAACCAAAGGUGAUUGACACAAGUUACGGAAAGUGGAGAGUGGGCCUUGUAACCGGUCUGAGCUGGAAUCACCGUUUGGGUCAUAUUCUAGCCACCUCAGGUUCUUCAAUAGGCCCCUCUGGUGCGGUAUCGCCUUCGGACUCGAGUGGUCUCGUAGUAUGGGAUCUUAAGGCGAGAAAACCUGCAUCAAGCUUCAGAGACCCUUCCGGUCGUACGAACCCCAUUGCUGUCGAGUGGAUGCCGGAACAGAUGACGCAACUCAUUGUGGGUUAUGGAGACGACAGGUCGCCUGCACUGCAACUCUGGGAUCUACGCAACUGCUCCGUGCCAUUGAAGGAGGUUCGCGGUCAUACCAUGGGUCUUACUGGCCUUGCUUUAUGCCCUCAGGAUCCAAAUUUGUUACUUACUAGCGGAAGAGACGAUCACACCAGAUGCUGGACAUUGGAUAAUGUUAGGGGACCGUUCCACGCAAUAUCUAGCAUGCAAACAGGCGCCCUGAGCCAUCAUAAACGAGUACAAUGGCACCCACAAGUACCUGGGCUAUUCUUGGCGCAGGACACAGACGAUGACCUCUCUGUGCAUAACGCCAUGUGUAUGUCCCAAACCGAGUCCUACAUGCCGGCUUGGGUACGUCGCACCUCUGGCGUUGUAUCGGGUUUCGCUGGUGCCGUUACCACCUGGAACGCCGCCGGUUCGAUAAAGCAGUUUAUGCUCAGUAGCCACCUUGAUGAUGAGACAACAAAAGCAUUAGAUGACUCUCUCGAAGUUUUCUGCGAACUUGCUGAUUCCAGAAACUUCGGUGCCGUUUGCGAGGAACGAGUAGCCUCGGCAAACAGCGAAUUCGACAAGCUAACAUGGAGCGUGAUGGCAGCCCUGUACAAGGGCGAUCCUUCGGCGCUGGUCAGCACUUUGGGAUAUGAACUACCUCAGAUCCAAUCGGACGAGAGUAAUCUUGAGUAUUCGGAAGAUGAGGGUUCAGUAGCGCCACCUGGACCUCCAAGAGACGGUUUGCGUGAGCCUUUUGGUCAUGAUUUGAUGAAUGAUGAUGACGGAGAGGCAUUUUUCAAUUCGUUGUGCAACAAAGGUGAGGAGAACUCAGUUAAUAUUCUCGGCCAGUCGCCAGUGCCCAAUAUUCAAGAAGGGUCUGCCCAGGAAAAUGAAACGCAAGAAACUCUGACCGCGUCUCCAGCGGACACACCUAAGUCUUCCGGCCUUGAAUGGGGUGAAAAUGAUUUGUGUUCACGAGUGAUAGUAGGGGACUAUGAAGGGGCCGCGAAAUUGUGCUUGGAAAAUGAUAGACCUACCGAGGCACUCUUUUUGGCAUAUGCAGGCGGACUGGAUCUCUGGCUUAAGGUCUCUGAUGAAAUUACACAACGUGCUAACAACCCUCUGCUACGUACGUUGCACCUAGUGAUGAAGGGCGAGACUCAAGCUAUUGUGGAGCAAUGCCCACUUGAUAACUGGCGUGAACAGCUCGUUUACAUCAUCACCACUACAAUGGAUGAUCGCACAACAUUCAACGAAUUGUGCAACGUCCUCGGUAACCGACUGUAUGCAUCAUUCCAACAUGGUCAAAAGGAUCAUCUCCUACCCGCAUCGAUAUUCUUCAUGUGCAGCGGCGAUGUGUCGCGUGUGGUUGACGCGUGGGAACACCUGGAGACAGGGAAGAACAGCUUGCACGUACUUGCGCAGAGCGUUGUCAGAACGGCUGCGUUGUCUAUAUCCGUGGCAGGCGAUGUCUCCAGUGAAUACUUAGGUCAUAAAGCUGUAAUGCUUGCCGAAGCGUUUGUGGACGUCGGCGAGAUUGACAAGGCUGUUAGGUGUCUGUCAUUACCAUUAAUCUCUGGGUCUCCUCAAGUUGCAGCGUUUUUGGCCCGCAUUAAGGGCAUGGAUAGUUCUGUUGGAGUCGGGCAACACAUGCUACCACAGGCGGGUCGUGUGCCAGUAGCUCCUGUACAUGUUGUUACUCGUAAGAGCUGCGAUUAUGGCACUGCUCCAGGAGCUGUUGCCGGCGCCAUGUAUCCCGGUAUGCCGGUACCCUGGCCUCUGCCGACCGCCACCCAACAGAAAGCUUCAAGUACCAGGAGCACUGAAGACGCUAAUAGACGCAUUAUAGCGACUUCCGCUGCUGUACUGCCUCAACAAGAACGUUUGAAACCUGCUGAUCUGGAAUUCGUGACAACUGUGUUGGGUGAUUUGAUUGCUCAUGGUGACACUUCUCGCGCAGCUCAGGAAAACCGCCGACGCAUCGCAGAUCUUAUGGCUUCUCUUGGAAAAGGAGAACAUACUGCAGAAGCGAAUGAGCUUAUCUUGAGCAUGUGUCGUGCAAUCCACUCUGGAGACCAAGUUAAUGCGAACAUAAUUCUUUCCACCAUCAGUACGAAACUAUGGAAUGCGGAAAACAAAAACUGGAUCAUGUGCCUAAAACGCAUAGUGCCAAAGUAG